GAAAAUUUAAUGUUUUCUCUUUCGUUUGGUGUUAAAAGCAACACUCGUUCAUUGUUCAUCGUUCGGCAGAAAUCAAACAUCAAAAGGAAACGCUGGCUAAACCGUCUGACAGACACUUUCGGUUGGAACGAUUACAUCUUUGGUAAGCGAGUGCAAGCGGGUUUCUUUAAACUAUAGCCCCGGUGAAUUAUGCCCUUUUCACAUAUUGCCACCGAUUUGUGUUUAUGGACUUUUUUUUACUCACUUUUGUUUAUUUCUUCUUCGCUUAGUCUAUAGUAUUAGUGCCGAAGUCAUUAGUUAAAAUGGCUUCAUGAACAUUGAGUUUAAAACAACAGUAGUGAAAGCUAAACCGUAGGAGGAUUGACAUUCGUCAUGUCAAAGGUCAUCUUCGUGACAGGAUUUGGCCCAUUUGCAGGCCACGAAGAACGCAAUGCCAGCUGGGAGGCUGUGAAACUGCUUCCCGAUUCAUACCAACAUCAGCAUGGAAAAUACAUCAUGAAAAAAUUGCAGAUUCCCGUCACUUAUGAAGCGGUGGAUGCGGCAGUGCCAAAAAUAUGGAGUCAAAAUCCAACGCUGGUGAUUCAUGUUGGAGUUCACGGACGCAUAGAAACUAUCAAUCUGGAGAAGUGUGCGUACACAUCUGGAUACUGUCGACCGGAUUUCGCCAACAAAUGCUUACCGUGCGAUAAGAUAACACUGAAAAACAACGACCAGUGCUCGGUUUUAAAGACGAAUUUAGACGUGGAAGCUAUUGCCGGUGAGCUCAAUAAGGUUGCCAAUUGCUGCUGUUCCAAAGAAGUGGGCAGUUAUCUGUGCGGCUACAUCUACCUCAAAUCACUAGAUAUCAACCCAGAUCGAACACUGUUUAUACACGUACCGGACGUAAAUCGACCGUACAGCUCCGAGCAGACGAAAGAUGUUAUCUUUCAAGUGCUGGAUCAGUGCAUGAAACAACUUGAAAAGAAUGACAAACUCUAAGUGUGAAAUUUUCGACAGAAAUGAUUAUGUUUUAACAUUUGUAGAUGGUAAUCACUUUUAACAAAUAAAAGAUAUUUUUAUUAA